CACCAAUCUUACUAUUAUUAUUGUCAUGUACAUAUAUAAAGUAGAAGCACAUCAUCAUAUAUAACAAGAGAAAUUUUUACUCAAACUUUCUAUCAAGUACUCCAAAAUGGAAUACGAACCUCCUCUUCCACCCACCACCAUAGCUGUUACACCAGAUGCAGAUGAACAAGAAAGAGGAGACUCAGAAAACAAUCUUCUACAGCAGCCUCUCCUCCUCAAGAGAAAUCGAACUCUUUCCUCCACUCCACUUGCCAUUGUUGGGACCAAAGUCUCUUACAUCGAAAGCUUGGACUAUGAGAUCAAUGAGAAUGACCUUUUUAAGCAUGAUUGGAGAAGCAGAUCAAAAACACAAGUCCUCCAGUAUAUAUUCUCCAAGUGGUUGCUCGCCUUUCUUGUUGGCCUUCUCACCGGUUUAAUAGCCACGUUCAUCAAUCUUGCAGUUGAGAAUAUUGCUGGAUACAAGCUCCUUGCUGUAGGUCGAUACAUCGAACAAGACAGGUACAUUAUGGGGUUUGUUUUUCUUCUUGGUGCAAACUUCGGUUUGACCCUCAUAGCCGCUGUCCUCUGCGUCUGUUUUGCACCUACAGCAGCAGGUCCUGGCAUUCCAGAAAUUAAAGCUUAUCUCAAUGGAGUAGACACUCCAAACAUGUUUGGUGCUACAACUUUGCUUGUCAAGAUUGUUGGAAGUAUAGGAGCUGUGUCGGCAGGACUUGAUCUUGGCAAGGAAGGACCGUUGGUGCACAUAGGCAGUUGCAUAGCUUCAUUGUUAGGCCAGGGAGGUCCUGACAAUUACAGAUUAAAAUGGAGGUGGCUUCGAUACUUCAACAAUGACAGGGACCGGAGAGACCUGAUCACCUGUGGUGCCUCUUCAGGUGUAUGCGCUGCUUUCAGGGCACCAGUUGGUGGUGUACUGUUUGCAUUGGAAGAGGUAGCAACUUGGUGGAGAAGUGCACUCCUCUGGAGAACUUUCUUCAGUGCAGCUGUUGUCGUGGUUGUGCUCAGGGCAUUCAUGGAAGUUUGUAAAUCUGGAAACUGUGGGUUGUUUGGUCAAGGUGGGUUGAUUAUGUUUGAUGUAAGCAAUGUUUCAGUGAGCUAUCAUGCCAUGGAUAUUGUUCCUGUCACUAUCAUUGGCAUCAUUGGUGGAGUUCUUGGAAGCCUUUACAAUCAUCUUCUCCACAAGGUUCUUAGAUUAUACAAUCUCAUCAAUGAAAAGGGAAAGAUAUACAAACUUAUGCUGAGUCUAGCAGUUUCCAUGUUCACAUCGGCCUGCCUCUAUGGACUUCCUUUUCUAGGAGGCUGCACGCCAUGUGAUCCCUCACUUUCUGACUCCACAUGUCCUACAACCGGCAGAGCUGGAAACUUCAAGCAAUUUAACUGCCCAGAUGGUCACUACAAUGAUUUAGCCACUCUCCUCCUCACAACAAACGAUGAUGCAGUCAGGAACAUCUUCUCCACCAAUACUUCCACUGAGUUCCAUGUGUUCUCCCUUACCAUCUUUUUCUUGCUCUACUGUAUCCUAGGGCUUUUCACCUUUGGCAUUGCAGUUCCAUCAGGUCUCUUCCUCCCAAUCAUCCUCAUGGGAGCAGCCUACGGACGAAUACUCGGAAUUCUGAUGGGAUCGUACACGAAAAUUGAUCAGGGCUUAUAUGCUGUCCUUGGGGCAGCUUCCCUCAUGGCUGGCUCCAUGAGGAUGACUGUUUCCCUUUGUGUCAUAUUUCUUGAACUCACCAAUAAUCUUUUAUUGUUACCCAUAACAAUGCUUGUCCUUCUGAUUGCUAAAACUGUUGGCGACUGCUUUAAUCCAAGCAUAUAUGAGAUCAUACUUGAACUGAAAGGACUGCCUUUCCUGGAUGCUAAUCCCGAGCCUUGGAUGAGAAAUAUUACAGUAGGUGAGCUUGCAGAUGCUAAAUCUCCAGUGGUUACACUAAAGGGGGUUGAAAAAGUAGGUCGGAUUGUAGAUGUGUUAAAGAAUACAACACAUAAUGGGUUCCCGGUUGUGGAUGAGGGAGUGGUUCCACAUGUAGGACUCUCUGCAGGGGCGUCUGAACUCCAUGGGGUGAUUUUGAGAGCUCACCUUGUUUUGGCACUGAAGAAGAAGUGGUUUAUGCGAGAGCAGAGGAGAACAGAAGAAUGGGAGGCGAGAGAGAAGUUUACAUGGGUUGAAUUGGCUGAAAGGGAGGGAAAGAUUGAGGAGGUAGCGGUGACUAAAGCCGAGAUGGAAAUGUUUGUUGAUUUGCACCCUCUAACAAAUAGAACGCCCUUUACUGUGAUUGAAAGUAUGUCUGUAGCAAAAGCCUUGGUGCUUUUCAGGCAAGUGGGGCUCCGUCAUUUGCUCAUUGUGCCUCAAUGGCAAGCAGCAGGAGUUCCUGCAGUGGUGGGAGUCUUAACAAGGCAAGAUCUCAGGGCACACAACAUCUUGACAGCAUUUCCUCACUUGACAAGAUCCAAAGGACAACUUAAGGGAUGCUGAAAAAGACAAUGUGUCAACAAAUUCUUUCACUUUCGACAUAAAAUUUCGCAAUCAUUUUUUCACAUUAGUUAUUAUGGAGUGAGAUCAAUAUACCACAUGUAAUUUAAAGAAACAAUUAUUUGGACACAAUACAUUAUUCCCUUCAAUAAACAACAGUCUUUCAUCAUUA